AUGUCAGACCUUGCCGCCCGAGUCAAGCAAAUUGGCUUGACUCAAGUAUACUGCUCCAAGGAAAAACCUCUGGUCGACAUUGUUUUUGUCCAUGGAUUGAACGGCCAUCCCUAUAACACCUGGGCCACCCAUGGGAAUCCACCCAUCUUUUGGCCAGCUGACCUUCUCCCGGAAGUGUUGGAGCCUAGCCGAGUGCGGAUCUUGACAUAUGGAUAUAAUGCGAAUGUUGCCUCGUUCACCGAUGGCGCUUCGAGGGAUCGCAUUCACCAUCAUGCAGAGACACUUGCCUCGGGCCUUGCGGCGAAUCGCAAUCUUCGAAGCUGUUCGGAUCGCCCUAUACUCUUUGUCUGUCACUCGCUAGGUGGCUUGGUGGUCAAACGUGCCCUGAUUUACUGUAAAAACGUUUCAGAUGCGAAGAUUCAGCAUCUGCGGUCGAUCUAUGUCUCUACUUAUGGAAUCCUCUUCCUCGGAACGCCUCACAACGGCUCGGAUAUCGCGAAAUGGGGCCUAUUACUGCAGAACAUCUGCAGCGCAGUACUUCCCAAGAAGUACAUGGAAUCGUCUUCUCAGCUUGUCAAAGCAUUGAGAACGAACAAUGAAACAUUGCAGAAUAUUAACAGUCUAUUUGCCGACAUGAUGAGCAGAUUUCAUAUCUACUUCUUUCAUGAGACACUUUCAACUGAUGUUAAGGGGACUCGCGAGUUAAUAGUGGACGAAAGCUCAGCCGCGCCGUAUGCCGAAGGCGUGGAGCGCAUGGGGAUUGAAGCAGAUCAUCGGCAUAUGUGUAAAUUUGAGGACGAUAACGCGCCUGGUUAUGAGGCAGUUGCAGAAGCUCUCCUACGAUACUCUCGCGAUGCCCCGGCUACUAUCUUGGACCGAUGGGCUGAGGAGCAACAGACCCGGAGAGCGGCAACACAAAACAAGCUCAAGGAUCUUCUGAGGAAUGAGAGGCCAGACAGUACGUCGCAAAUGGAGGGGAGUGAGCCGGAUCUUCGCAAAAUUGGUAGGACACAAUUUCUUCCUGAAAGUACUUCUGCUACAUCUUCUGUUACCAUGAAGGAAUACGAGGUCGAGGAACCCCCGGAGAUGCUAUAUGCUAGUAACACCGUUCCUCCUCUGAUCAGCCUGCCUCCGAACACCGGAAGACAAUCCCCUGUAUCCGACAUGGCUGGAAGCGUAACCCUUACAGUACCUCAAAGGGAUUUUUUUGUGGUGCCGCCAGGAUUUCAUCCAAACGCAACCUUUUUUGGAAUGCAGAAAGAGCUUGAAAUACUCCAUUCUAGGCUGUACAAGGCAAAGAACAGAGCAGAGCGCCUCAUGGCUGUUCUUGUCUGUGGAGUUCCUGGCUCAGGAAAGUCCCACCUCGCACGCCAAUAUGUCUGGAGCCAACGUGAAAAAUACCCCGGUGGCAUCUUCUGGGUCGAUGCGAAAUCGCGCGAAUCAACCGCAAAAUGUUUUUGGGAUAUUGCUCAAGCGGCUAUGCUGACUGAAGCUCAGGACUCGCAACAACCCCAGAAGCAUGUAGAGGCAGUUCGAAACUGGCUGCAAGUGCGUGAAGAAUGGCUCCUAAUAUUUGACGGGAUCUCGUUCGAUCAUCACGACGACCUCAACCACUUCAGACAAUUCCUUCCUUUCAACAAAAAUUGUAGUAUUAUCUACACAUCUGUGGACAAGACGUUGCGGAAAAAGCAACGCUUAUAUGAGCCAUACUGCCUGCAGAUUAAACCCCUCCAGGUUGAAGAUGCAUGCAAGCUUCUCUUCAAAGACCUCGGUAUCAGAAAGCCAACCCGGAGCCAAAUCCGCAAAGCUACGGAACUGGUAAAUCACUACGAAUGUCUCCCUCUGGCCAUCCAUGCGAUCAGUCACCGACUUAGUGCGACAUCUAAAUCUAUCGACAAAUAUCACGUUAACUCCCAUUUGACGGACGAGAAACUCGCAGAGCCAUUUCUGAGCAUUAUGCAUGACCUGUAUCGAAUGGGGCACUUCGAAGCGUUGAACUUGAUUAACCUUUUGUCAUUUUUCGGUCAUCAUGUCCCGGUUGGCUUGAUUAACUUGGGAAAGGCUGCACUGGAGAUGUGGCACGUCGAAAUCCUAACCGGUAGUAGACCUGGUGAGCAAGGGGAUAUUGACACAACACUAGGGAUCCUUAUCCGAUACGGACUCAUAGAAAGAACCACAGAUGCGUAUGCGCUCCAGGCAAAAGCGCUGUCGCCAAGAUCCGAAAAGGGCGAGAUCCUAGACAUGGCGGCCGUUGCCCCCGACCUAUCGGAAUCGCAAACAGAAAGUAGCCAAGAUGCAUUCUUCUCUGUCUAUCAGAGUUCCGGCUCUAUUGACCUGAUCAAAAUCCAUAGCGUUGUACAAGGCUUCUGUCGAGAUGAGCUGAAGAUCAUGGACGAGGAACGGAAAAAAUCCUUUUCUGCCAAUACAACCAAUUCGGACGCUGGCUUUUAUGAUUCCUGGCUGGUGGUUGCCACCCGCGUCUUCUGCAUGUCCUAUGAGCACGCAAAGAAGCGGAUGGAUCGCGUUGAUGACUAUGGCUUAGUAAAAGAUUAUCGGGAGUAUGAAAUGCAUGCGUCAAGGUUGCUGGAGAACUUUCCCAAGAAAUCCUCAAAGGAGACAAAGACGCUUUGUGAAGCUCGGGAUGACCUCGCGCAAAUCAUGAGGAGUAUCAGUAAUGAGAUUGAGAGGAUUUCGCCAAGUUCGUCACAGGAAAUCGCUCGCAAACAGCGAUCUGUCUUCGACAGGUCGAGCAGUUCUUCGUCGUCUGUCCCCGAUUCUGCGACAGAUGAAGGGCCGUCGCGAAACUUGACAUGGGAAUUCAGUGAUGUGGUAGAGCCGAAGGUUGAAUCACCGGAAGAGAUGCCAAUGUCACCACCCCAUUUCAACUUGAAGCCGUUUCUCCCUCACAUUUUCCGAUGGUCCAAGGGAGAUGAUGAGAAAGGGUACGAAACCGACGGUGAAGGGUUACAAGCUGUUCAUCGAACGUCUCCGGCACUGUCACAGCUUAGUCAGGCAACGGAGAGGCCAAAGUCUUCACGAUCUUCUAGUGCUGCACAUACUACAGACGAUCAAGAAUGGCAGGUAGUAGAGAAGUCUCCAAGGCUCCAAGCAAGUAGGGAGAGGCGUUCGAAGCAAAGACCAAAGUUCCCACGCAGCGCUUGGGGUAUAAAGCCAGCAGCUCCUAUCCUGAGGGUAUUCCCAGUCGAAGGAAGAAGCGCAUCGAGUAGUAUCCUGGAGAAAGGAAGUCGAAGCAGCUCCAUCAUUUCUGCAUCCGAGGCACUGACUGCCGUUCAUAACGCAAGUCCACCCUCAGCUCACGAGAAGUUCGGGAAAGCAGUGAAUGACAGGCUUAUGUUACAUAAGGAAAACGUCCCAACAUAUGCUACAGUGGCUGCUAGGCGCACCCAGGACGGUGUUGCCUCAUCGAAGCAGCGGUCAUCAUCGACGCCCGGUGGACAGGCACGUCCCAAGCUCCUAAGAUUGAAAAGCAAAUCCUCCGGUGGCUCCCUUCACAGCCGAUUAGGUAACGCGCCGCUGUUACCAUUACCUUCUGAUUUCAAAUCAGAACCAAUGAGUCGAUCAACAUACAGUGAGCCGGACCAAGGGUAUCUCACUCAUCAAUUAAACGCCUUGGACUUGAGGACACCGCAUGAUUCACACUACCGUUCUCGACACCUGUCCGCGGUAAGGGCAAUGGCCCCUGUGGACAUGUCCGCAAGCACCCCUUCGGUUCUGACCUACCUGCCUCCUCUUCCGUACGACAAUAAUAUUGAGGUCACUUAUUCUCGUCGAGUGAGCGCUACAACUCAAUCAGUACCUGUCAGUCAGCCGCUCGCCAGCUUUAAUCCAAUAACGCAUCCGUCUGCCAUCAUGCCCGGCGCAUCUCCACCAUCUUCUGCGGCUGCGGAGGCACCUACUGGAUAUGCAUCAGAUCCGGCACCUGAACCGAUGUCUCGUGGUGGAUCAGCACAGUCCCAUCAGUCUUGGGCUACCGAGCCAGUUCGUUAUCCGCCCCGGCUCUCUCCGAUGCCCUCGAAUGCGCAUACUGCCAUACCGCCCGGAAUGUCUCAUAUCUUGCCUCAGCAACAAACGCUAUCCAAUACUGGAAGCUGGAUACGAGAUGCUCAUUCCCAAGGAAUUGUGAGUGCCCUUCAAGCAGAUGUUAUGACCUGUGCCCCACCUGCUCAAACAAACCUGAGACCGAUCCCCCCGUUGGACGAACGUCUCGGGGCAGGUAUCGCUUGGGAUCCUGAGCCACCGCCAACCUUGCCCUUUGGCGCCCAUAGAGUGGACGUUCGCGAAGCUCGUCAAAGGCUUGGUGGAUACGGAGUAUACGGGGCUCAGACGGUGCAGCACGCUUUACCUUACAGCCUCUAUCACGGAAACCGGUCAGGCCCCCUGGUUCACCAUGAGCUCGAUCUCCAGCCACAAGAGCUGCAUGGUAUGCGUGCUCGGAGUGGCAGCUCUCCUACUCGGCCUGGAUCUGACGGGCUAGGGGUAAAUUGGUGA